AUGUCGAACAAGAAGAACGAGGAUGUUGAGAUGCGCGCCGGCGUCGGCGGCAAUGACUUUGGGAACGAGAAAGACCCAUUUCUGGGGAGGAACUCGCCCGCGAGUCACCGGUCCCGUCGCGAUCCUGGCUUCUCGUCUUAUUUCGACAAGCUUGAUCACAGCCCUGGGGCGUCAAUUCUGGCCUACUGUCUCGCCUCUAUCAGCAUGACUGUUGUCAACAAAUACGUCGUUUCCGGCUCGGCUUGGAACCUGAACUUUUUCUACCUCGCUGUUCAGUCUAUUGUUUGCACAUUGGCGAUUUUGCUUUCCAAGCAAGCGGGCUUGUUGAAGAACCUGGCUCCCUUUGACUCGACCAAGGCGAAGAGAUGGUUCCCAAUUUCGCUGCUGCUCGUUGGCAUGAUUUACACGGGUGCGAAAGCUCUUCAGUUCUUGUCUGUGCCGGUGUAUACCAUCUUCAAGAACCUCACCAUUAUCGUCAUCGCCUACGGAGAGGUCCUCUGGUUCGGUGGCAGUGUUACGCCCCUCGCUCUGCUCUCCUUUGGCCUGAUGGUGCUCAGCUCUGUGGUGGCAGCUUGGGCUGAUAUCCAAGCUGCCAUUGAUGGCGUUCACUCGCUUGAGGCAUCCGACGCGCUUGCGACCCUGAACGCCGGCUAUGCGUGGAUGGGCAUGAACGUCGUCUGCACUUCCUCGUACUUGCUUGGCAUGCGUAAGGUCAUCAAGAAGAUGAAUUUCAAGGACAAUGACAGUAAGGCUACCGUUUCGAGUCACCUAGCCAUGUUCUAUAACAACCUGCUCACCAUUCCUGUCCUUAUUGUCUGCUCGCUGCUGGUCGAGGAUUGGUCCGCCGAGAACCUUGCGAGGAAUUUCCCCGUUGAGACCCGAAACAAGCUGAUGAUUGGUAUGGUUUACUCCGGCUUGGGUGCCAUCUUUAUCUCAUACUGCUCGGCUUGGUGCAUUCGUGUUACCUCCUCGACGACAUACUCCAUGGUCGGCGCCUUGAACAAACUUCCCAUCGCCAUCAGCGGCCUAAUCUUCUUCGAUGCGCCCAUUACUUUCGGCAGCGUCACAGCCAUCUUUAUUGGCUUCGUCAGCGGUCUGGUCUAUGCAUGGGCUAAGGUCCGGCAAAAGGCACAGGAUGCUGGCGUCUUGCCCACCAGCAACAAGCCCAUGAUGAGCGCCAGCUCGCAAAGCAACAGGGACGCCGCGAACUCGUGA